ACUUACUCGUAUUGAUAGCUUGACUGUGUUGAUUACGCGAUUUUUAAUCGUUAUACUGCAUUUUCUCUCUAUAUUUCUAUCAUUUUGUGCGUUUAGAUUUUCGACGCAUCUUUACAAUGUUCCAUUUUUAUCCAUCAAAAUGUUCCGAGGGCUUCGCUGCGUCUUUACCCGACAAUCGCCAGCCAUCGGGUCAUUCUUGUCCUUCAGUUUAAUCCACCUCAAAGUUGCCUGCUGAACUCCUUCAUCUCAAAUUCUUCAAAAACAAAAAAUGGAGGAAAAUCCGAAUCUUGAAAACUUUAAAAGUCAGGUGGAUUCAAUGCUCAGUGCUUUAGCCCAACUGAAUUCGAUAGAUAAAUCAGUAGCUUUUUCCUUGCUGAAAAAUUGCAUCACGUCUGCACAAGAUCAGCCAAGUGGAUCUACUUCUAGUUGUGAUAUUUCAAAACCUGCAGAAGGAGAAAUCACUAAUCAACUCGAAAAUCCUAAUUCAGGAGGGAGCUUAUCUAAUGAAAGCCAACCUGUGCCGACAAACAAUAUUCAAACCGGGUCGCCAACUACGGAAGAAAUCCCCGAUCCAGGAGCUGAACCCGAAAAAAGGAAUGAUUCCACGCCUGAACAAAACAAACCUGAAAACUCAAAAUUUGUUUGCGAAAAUUGUUUACGAAACUUUUCUACUCUGAAAGAGCUAGUUGUGCAUGCGGAGUCUUAUCCCAAAGGUCCAGUUGCUUGCAGAACAUGCACAAAGGAGUUUUAUAAUGUAUUUAUCUUCAAUCUACAUUCUAAGUAUGAUGAAUGUAAAAGGUAUCGGCGGCAAAUUAAGGAUAGCUUAAUGAAAAAAUGCAGUUAUUGCCAGAAAGUCUUUUACAAUGCUCAGCACUUUGAUAGGCAUUUAAGUGGGCACAAAAGGAACAACUGUCCUCAGUGCUCUGCAUUAUUCACAAAUAGGAAGCACCUUGAGAGUCACAUGUUAGAAGUUCACAGCACCAAGCUUGAGAAGAAUUUUUUCGAGUGCAAAUUUUGCUUCAAAAAAUUCUCUCAGAAAAGAUCAAUCCUCAAACAUUAUAAACUGCACCAUUCUAAACAAUGCUCUGUUUGUACUUUUUGCGGAAAGUUCUUCGAUUCUCCCCAUGAACUGGACUCCCACACCUUGGAGCAUGAAAGUAAAAAGUGGACCUGCGAACCUUGUAAACAAACCUUUGUACGGCAUCAACAGUAUUUAAAACAUAUGAGUGAACAUGACAAAUAUUUUUGCAUCACCUGCAAUGUAGGGUUCUCCUCUAGAAACAAGAUCGCAGAUCAUGUCAAAUUAGGUCAUUCAAUUCGCGGUGAAGAGCAGAUACAUCAGUGUAAGACAUGCAACAAUGUUUUCGAAUCAAAAGGAAAGUUACUCCGUCACCUGAAGUCUCAUGAAGAGAAGGGCCAGUACCAGUGUAAAACCUGCAAAAUAAGUUUCAACAAAGCUAGCUCUUACAAGCAGCACCUCAGCUCGAGCUGGCAUACGAACAAAAAGACACCGACCUCAGAGAAUCCCAGUCUCAGCUGUCGCGUGUGCCUGAAAACAUUCCCCAACAAGAAUCAACUCCUGAUCCAUUCUCAAGAAAUCCAUGGAAUUCUCCAAAAUAUCUCAAGGUGCCCGUUCUGCAAUUAUAAAAGUAAGUCGAAAGGAAAUAUGCGCAGACACAUCGAUCAACAUACGCAACAUAGGAAGUACGUUUGUGAUCAAUGCGGGUCUAGUUUCUACACGUACUCUUGUUUGAAAGAGCACAUAACUUGCAUCCAUUCAUCAGAGAGGAAUUACAGCUGCGAAAAAUGUGGGAUGUCUUUCAAACUGAACAGCAGCUUGAAAAGGCACAUGGCCACACACAGUGAGGAAAGAACGCAGAAAUGUCAUUGCGGUCAAGCGUACAAAUUGGUCUCAAACUUAAAGCGGCACCAGUUGAUUGCUCAUGGCAGGGUGGACUCCCCAAAGAACUUCCAAAGACUGACGAAAAAUGAUUACGGAGAGUAUGUACCAGUGGAACCCAGGAGGAAAGUUAAAACGCUUCCCGAAAUGCAAGUUGAUAAAACAUUCCAAUUAGAGAACGAUCCUAUUAAAAAUGAGGUAUUGCUGCCGAUGCCGCCAACAGACGACACCGAUCCUCUCAGUGUUAACGUCAACGAUUGUGGACUAAUGCAGUCGGUUCAAGUCAUCUAUCAGAACUUGGACUUCCCAUCCACGAAUGAUGCAAAGCAAUCUUUGCUUUUUACUCCGUCCAUUGACAUGGCACAUUUACAGCUAGUCGAGAACAUGCUUCAAGCUGCGUCUGUGAAUGAUCCAUUAAAACAGACUCAAGACAUAUUUGUUGAUCCAACUUCUCAGACUUUCCAGAUAACAGAUCCUGAUUCUUUCUUAACUGGUGAUGUCACACUGCAUCCUCCAUUGGAAGUGUCUCAGAUAGGUAAUUUAGACUUGACCAGUCACUCAGGUCACUUAGUUCCGGAUGUUCCUGUUACCCACCCCUCUGAAAAUCAUCAAACUCUCAUAGGUUCACUCAGUGAUUAUAUUAUACCGCAUCAAUUUCCAUUCCUGAAUGUUUAAUUUUUGGCCGUCAUCCUCCUCAAAGAGGAAGUCUAAACUGAUGUUGCUGCUUCAUCACAACACAGCGCACCUCUCAUCAUUUCCUUUUUUGUCUGUAAAAAUAAUAUUAAAUUGCAAGGCCCUGUGAAAAGUGCUAAAAUUGUUAAGCUUAAAAUUUUGAAGGAAGUAUAAAUCAAAAUCUUUAAAUUCAUAUCUCAUCCAGUAGUCCGCUUCAUCAACAUAAUUUUCCUCAUUAUGUGAAUAGUGAUAUGAUCAUAUCCUCUCUGAAAUUCAUCCAUUUGCACCAUUGCUAAGAGUUAGAGAGUUGAGAGGCAUAUUUUCUUUUAACAGUACAAGUGGAUUUUACCUACCUGUAGGAGGUACUUUUUGAGAAAUAAAGAAGAGACUUAUUCAUUUUUCAUGGUUGCAUUGCUUUUUCUUCUGAACGCCUAUUUUCUUCACAUGAUCCAUCUGGUUCUCACCAUAAAAAUAAUCAUACAUUCUCACAUCCGUUAUUGUCUGGGUAAGAAUAACUCUGAACUAGAGGAAUGUUACUGAAUUCAUGAACCAGAUAACCGAAAAGUUUACUGGCAAGAGAAGGUUGUGAUGAUGAGCAAUUCUUUUAAGACUGAUAUUAAAUUUUACUGAAUCUUUCAGGUAUCCUGUUGAACUGCAUCCUUUUUAGUGUAUUUGACAAAGGAAAUACACUAUUUUUAGUCAAAUCCGACCAUUAGUAUCUAUGUGUGACGUGCUCUUAAAUGUGCAACAACUUCUUAGUUAUUAACGUCCGUCUGCGAAAAAUUGAAAAGAACCCUCUCUAGUGAGCUUUAAGUUUGUUUAAUUAUAUUCGUUUUAACUGUGGAUAUUUUUAAUUUUAUUUUCUGGUUGAUCGUGUUUAUUUAGUUGUCCAGAUUUGCUGUCGACUUACUUCAGAAACAGGGCCAUGAACUUACUGGAAUUUGAGUGUGAGACCGAAAAAAAAUAGGCUAAUGAAAAUUUUGGUCUGUUAAAAUAGUUUUGUCAAGUAUUUCUCAGUAUUUUGUGCCAGGUCUCAUUGUCAUUGUAAACUGAAAAUUCGACAAUAAUCGUAAUGUUAUGUCUGGUUUGGUCAAACUCUGCUUCCAGCAAUGUUUUUAUCAAUGUACAGUAAAAAGACUUGAUGGCUUUUUUUGAAAUUUGUAUUGAUGGAAAUCACCCAUUCAGUAGGGGGAACUGUUGCAUACUAAGUGGUAAUUACAGUGGAUCUAGGUUUUGUAGAUCUGCUUAUCACCCUUAUUUCAAUAUUUGAGUUAUUAUAAGAAUUAUUCGAGUUAUUCUCAUCAAUUUGAAUCCACAUGAGGUAGGCGAAUGUUUCAGGAGUUGGAAUUUGAUCAAAUUUCAAAGUAAAGAAUGGCGGCCAAAAUUUUAUUGAUGAGCAAUAUUAACACCGAUAUCGAUCGAUAAAUUUCUUUGAAAAGAACUUUGAAUUAAACUUACAGUUGAGUGCUUAUCAAAUGGUUCACCAGACAAGGUUAGAAGGGAAAGAAAAUUUCACAUUUUAUCUCCUUAAAAUCUUACUUAGAAAACAACUCACUUGAUAAGAAGUUGGAAAUCAAAUCCUAAAUGAGAUAUUAACAAGUAUUUGUAGCAUAGAUCUGAUGAAAGUUAGAUAUGACAAAUAACGUCAUUUGUAUAUUUGCCAUGCAAUCAAUUUUAAUUGUGAACUUUUGUAUCUUAUCAAGGAGUUUACUUUCAGACUCCUCGUUGUGAGAAGCCUUCUUCAAGAAAAGUUGAAAACAUGUUCCUUAGUUAUUUAUUUCAUACCUUGUCUAAAGGCGUGUUGGUGGCAAUGUGCAGAGCUAUGACCCCUAGAUUUACCUUAAUAUUGAAGGUUUCUAAACUUCUUAUUUUAUGAAGAAGGUCUCAUCCAGAACUGGACAACUCAAUCAGACUGGUUCACUUUAUCAUCUCUCUUUUUUUAUUUUUAUAUCUAUGUAAUUUUUUUUUUUUUGAGGUUGUUUUAGUUCAAUCCCCUGUUGCUGUCUCAGAGAAACUGUGUGCCGCAAAGUUUUCUUGAAUCGCGUUGUGCUCAGUUCCUAAAGCAUUUUAACGAUUACUUUCCUGAUGGAAACCAAAUGAGGCAUCUUGAAGCAAAGGGAGCAAAAUCCAUUUUACCAAUGAGCCUCAUAAUUCUAGUAUUCUCAUUUAAUCUAGGACUCAUCAGGAAAAAGGCCUUUGCUCCCUUUGCUUCAAGGUGCCUCAAAUAAGAUACAUAAUCUUCUCUCUACGGCAUGAAUCCUCAUUUAUUACUUAUAAAUCAAGCACAUGGUACAUUUUAAUUUGAAUGAGUGAUGGCACAUCUCUUUGAUAAAUGAUCCAUGCAUCAUUUAUUUGUGUGCCUUUUGUUUUCUAGCAACUUUCAAUUGUGAAGUGUCUGAUAUUGGUACUUACCUAUUAAAACAUUUCUAAAAAUGCUUCAA